AUGGCGAAGAACAAAAACCUGAACCCAGCUGAUGCCUUUCGAAAGGCGCAGCGGAAGAAGGAACUAAAGAAGAAUAAAACUGAGAGGUCCAAAGCUCGCGACUUUGCUCUCGUCAAGAAGGACACGGGAGAGCUCGAAGAAGAGAUUGGAAAACUCGAGGGUACAUCAGCACAACAAAGUGCAUCGGACAAAGCUCGCCUCGCAGAACUCAAAACAGAGCUAGAAAAGAUCACCAAGAAGAAGCAGGAUUAUGUCGCUGAACACCCUGAACAUCGGAAGCUUGUUUUCAGGUCGCGAAAAACGCAAAACGACCAUGAGGAAAAAGAAGACGAGAUCCCCAUCCAGAAGACAAGGAAGCUGUUCGACAAGCAUGGCCUCCCUCGACAUCCGGAGAGAAGCAUAUACUAUGAUCCCGUCAUGAAUUCCUACGGUGUGCCUCCUCCUGGAAUGCCUUACGUGGAGCGGCCGCUGAGACCAGAUGAAGUCGCAAGUGACGAGGAGGACGGAUCUGGUGAAGAUGAAGACAUAGUCAUGCCUGAAGGGCCACCGCCUGGAGCAUCAGAAGAUCAGGACGACAGUGAUGACGAUAUACCUAUGCCUGAGGGUCCUCCCCCGCCCAAAGCCGGAGUGGCACCUCUUCCACCAACUCUCCCUCCUCACAUUGUUCCACCGACAGCAUUCCCUGCUGGUACCAGUCCUCCACCGCCUCCAGGCUUUUCUGUUGGUUUUCCCCCACCGCCUGCUAGUUUGCCAUCUAUACCCCAUCCACCCCUACCUGGCGCUUUACCGCCGUUACCACCUGGAUUCCCAGUCCUACCUUCAGGGUUGCCUCUUUUUCAACUUCCACCGCCUCCUUCGGGAUUCCCGAAUGGGCCUCCAGUCGGGAUUUCAAGUAUACCUCCACCACCUCCUGGGUUUCCAACCCUACUGCCACCUCCACCUGGUUUCGCACAAAACCAAUUUCAUCCACCUCCUCCAGGAUUUCCUCCUCCGCCACUCGGAUUCUUCCCUCGGCGGAGUCAAUCUGCUUCUGCAAAGCAGGAUCCUCUAUCUUCCAUACCCCACCAAACGUAUCAAGCUCACCGUGCUUCCAGACUGGCAACACCGGCACACCCAUCCCUUCCUCCCAACCCUUCACUACCUAGCGCGUCGUCUAGCAUUGCAGCAGCUGCGACGGUCUCGGCAGCUCCGGAAUUGCGUAACUUGAAGAAGGAAAGCACAGCCUUUGUGCCUACCGCUCUGAAGCGCAAGAAGGCUGGCGCGGUCAGCGCCGCAGCCCCAAAGAUCAAUGCCGCUCCUUCUCUGGGUCCCACAGCAGGCUCUGACGAAGUGGAGGUUGCUCCUGCUGCUCGGCGACCCGACCUUCUCAGCACUCUGCAGGAUCAGUUUGGAUCCGCUGCGGCCCAGAAGUCCCAGGCAAGCGGAAAGGGCGGGCGAGAGAAGCCGAAAGAUGAUUACGAGAAGUUCGUUGAGGAAAUGGAUGAUAUCUUGGGUCCCCCUGGAUCUUGA